AUGAAGCAAUUCACGCCUAUCGCCCUCGCCGGACUCAUUUCCCUUGUCCACGGCCAUGGCUUCGUCAGUAGCCCAACACCUCGCUACCCAGGAUCGGCUUUUGAGGCUGCCUGCGGGCAACAAGCCUACGAUACCGAGACCUCCGAUGUCUACGGAAACAUCCAGGGCAUGUUGCAAGUUGCCGACAGCCAAAGCGACUACAAUGCUGCCGAGUGCGAUGCCUGGCUGUGCAAGGGCUUCAAGUACGCCGACAACAACGUAACUUACUCGUACACGGCGGGUCAGACCGUGGACUUCGAUGUCACGAUCCACGCUCCGCAUACGGGUGUCGCCAACGUCUCGGUUGUCGAUACUGCUUCCAACACUGUCAUCGGUAGCCCGUUAAUUUCCUGGUCCGUCUAUGCUUCCGUCUCGACCGGUGUGGCGGCGAACAACACCCAGUUCAGUGUGGUUAUCCCCGAUGAUCUGGGUGACCAGUGCAUUACUGGUGGUGCUUGUGUGCUACAGUGGUACUGGUACGCCGAGUCCAUUGACCAGACAUAUGAAUCUUGUGUCGACUUUACUGUCGAUGGAUCUGGCUCGGGCUCUACGGUUUCGACCACUACCUCCAGCGCUUCCACUCAGGCCACUUCCUCGACAUCUUCCACGUCCUCAACUUCUACCACUCCUAUCCCCGAGACAACCAUGCUGGCUGAGACAACCAACCCGGCGGAGACUGCUACUUCGACCGAGACUCCCACAGUGGCUGUGACCACUGCUCCGGCGGAGACCUCCUCGUCCGCAAGUCUGAUCGCUAGCACUACCUUUACCACCAAGCUCCGUGCGUCUGGCUCCGUGACUACCCCAAGCAGUGUUGCUACUUCUGAGUCGAUUCCCGUCAAUGGCUCCGCCGAAGAGAAGUUAAGCUGGGUGGAGAGUGUAUUCAAGUACCUUGUCGGUGACAGCUAA